AUGGAUUCUAAUUCGAGCCACAGCGACUGGAACCUAGCAGUUCUAAAUGAUGAACUCAGAUCUCGAGCAAUACGAUCCUUGAAGGCUUUGAAGGCACAUUUGGAGUCACAAGGUGAUCAUCACGAAGCUAUCUACCUUAUCAUUGACACCAAGACACCAACUUCUUCUGAUUUAGACCUGGUUCCUAGAAUCAUUCCAUUACCUCACGCCAAAGACUCUUACGAAAACCUGAAAAUUAUGCUUAUAACCAAGGAUCCGGUCACCACUUAUAGGACUCCUUUGGAGCAAAAAGGCGCUCCUACAGAAGAUGUGUUUGGGGAAAUAGUGAGCAUGAAAAAGUUCAAACAGUUUGCAUCUAACCCAAAACAGAUCAAGAAACUAUACUAUGAGUAUGAUUUAUUACUCGCUGACCACAGAGUGUACCGAUUACUUCCGUCGCUAAUUGGAAGGUCCCUGUUUUUCAAGAACAAUAAAAAGCUACCUUUAAUGAUCCAAAUGGCUAAACCUUCGCCAGAUGCCCAAUUGGUAAAAUCUAAGAAGUCUACAAAGAUGAAGGAUGAGAGGGUGGAGCCAGAUUACGUGCUACGCCAAUUGAAGAAGAUUGCCAAAAGCACCACAUUCGUCCCCUCCACGGGAACCUGUUUAUCUAUAGUGAUCGGCUAUAGUGACUUCAAAUUGCGCCAACUAAUCGAGAAUAUGGAUGCUAUUCUCGAAUAUUUGACAUCGCCAAAAUUCAAGCCUGUAGGAGGUGUGAUAAAGAAGGGGUUGGCAGGAAUCGAAGAUCUCCAUCUGAAGACCAGCGAGAGUGUAAGCUUACCAGUGAUGGAGAAAAAGAAAAACGAGGCAGUGUAA